GCCAUGGUCAGUGAGGUGGCAGAAGGUCUGAAACAAAGCUUUGAACUCAACGUUUCUCAUAGUACUUACAACUUCAUGACAACUCAGUGCAAUUUGUCCAUUAAGCGGGCACAAUUCCACCCUAUGGGGAGAAACAGUGAGGAAAAAAUCCAGCAAAGUACUACAUACAUGGUUUCAUAAAAUCAUAGUUUAUUCAUAAUAGCGAGCAUAUAUUUUAAAUAUUAGUUAAUCAUAAUGAUU